AUGAAUCUUCUUCUGGCGAAUUCAGUUUCCUAUGUCAACUUUGUACGUUGCUCUAGCCUUCAGUUUAUACGAUUAAACUCUUCAGGUAAAGCUAGAUGGCUUGAUCGACAACGGUCUGACUCUUAUACAAGAGAAGCGAAACUUCAAGGACUGAGGUCCCGAGCUGCUUUCAAACUGCAACAAAUUGAUGAUAAGAUGCAUUUGUUUCGCAAGAAUGCAAAUCAAAGAGUUUUGGAUCUAGGGUAUGCUCCUGGUGCAUGGUCGCAGGUAGCAUUUGAUAGAACUAGUCCGAAUGGCGUAAUAUUAGGAGUCGACAUUUUACCUUGUUCACCACCGCGCGGCGUUAAUUCAAUCCAGGCCAACAUUCUAUCUAAAAAGACUCACGAAUUAAUCAGGCUUUUCUUCUCGAAGCGCUUCCAGCUGUAUCAAGAAGAUCAAUUGCACAUGGACCAUGGAUACUUUCAGCAUAUGCUAGAGGAAGGCCUUUCAGCUCUCAAAGAAGAAAAUGAUGAUAACGAAUCAAGAAUAGUACCCAAUAUAGACGAGAAGCCAAUCGACGUUAUUAUCAGCGACAUGUAUGAACCCUGGCCACAAACAACUGGAUUUUGGAACAAUUUUACUAAUUCUGCCUACUAUAGGAUGGCUAAUACUACCGGUGUUGCCAUAAAAGACCACUACAUGUCAAUGGACUUAUGUGACGCUGCGUUAAUUGCUGCUAUUGACCUGCUUAAGCCUGGUGGCUCAUUUACUUGCAAACUCUAUACGGGUAAGGAAGACAAGUUGUUGGAAAAUAGGAUGAAGCAGGUGUUCAAAGAUGUCCAUCGUUUCAAGCCUUCUGCGUCCAGAAACGAAUCAAAAGAGAUCUAUUUCGUAGGUCUCAAUAAACGGAAAAACGUGGACAAGGUGAAGGUAUUUGUUGAAUAG